UUAUAAUAUGCACGAGUAACAUGCAUAUACAUUGAAAUAAAACAAUUAUUUACAAAAAAAAAAAAAAAAAGCUGGGGAAAUUAAAUUUUUCUAAACUUGUGACAUUUUCUAUUUCUUUCACAACAUUGACGGCUCAUGUUAAAUUGAGGGGUCAUUGAGCACCCUCUUAAAAUUUGAGUAAAAAACUAAAACUUUUGCAGCAUAAUACUAUUAGUAAGUCUAAAAAAAUAGGGGGUGUCACUCUAGCUGAAAAAAAAGUUUUUUUGAACCACCCUAAUGUUCAAGCAUUAUGUAUCUAUCUCAAUAUCAUGCAAACAUUCACACAAUAAUGACUAGGAGCGCCGUGAGAAAAUUCCAACUUUUUAAAGGGUACCGCAACUAAGAAACCUUGCUAUAUACACUCUCUGUUUUCUAGAAUCCGGAUCCAAUCCUGAGUAUGCGGGUGGUGCCCAUUCCAGAACGCAAGUACCAUGUUAUCAUGGAAUUCGAAGAGGCCGCUCUCCCUUGCAAGCCCCACACAUCAGCGUCCGGCCUGAUGGUGAUGCCGCUCGAACAGAACACAAGGUUCGAGUCUCGAAGUCAGCUCCAUUUCUUCUCUUGGAUUCGGGACUCUCGUAUAGCCUCCAUGGGACUGUUGCUGGGCAACGUGGAAAAGAUUGCCGAGUUCCCUUACGUGACAUAUCUCGUAGUUGGAGGAGGGAGACACGAACUUUCCCAGAAGUUGAACUUCGUUCGGGAUCGCCCACCUGUUGAUAGCGGGAAAGAACUGCACUUCUUAGCUGGAUACGAAGAGACUAUCACGAUAUCUCGUCCACCCCUCGCUGCUGCCCCGGAGAAACCAACGGACAAAACAGGAUUCGUCGUCUGCCUAUAUCAGGUACUACCCGGAGAUGACCGGACCAGGUUUGAACAAAACUGGAUCAUGUGGACCGGUGCUCGCCAGAUUUAUAGGACCUUGCCCGAGUACAUGGGUCUGAAGAGAAUGUCCGUUCUCAAGAGUGUCUUGCCCACCCAAAUCAUCAACUACACCCUCCUGUGCGAGUAUUCGAAUAUCAUGGACCACCUGACGGACGCUUGCGUCAUUAUAGACCACCUGCGAGCUAGGUGCUGCGGAUUUACGGGCAUUUAUAGGAUCAUCGAUUCGUUAUAGCACAAUUUCAGU